AUGAAGGGAGUUACUAAAAACCCGGUCCCAUUCCUUCUCCAGCUCUGGGCCGAGGUCGCGGUGCCUCAUUGCGCUUACCCCGCAACCCCGGCUGAACAUCAGCCCUAUUGGGCCCCGUCUGUGGUGGUCUAUUGGCGUACGCUCGGGUCUGGUCCUGGUCGGGCGGCGAGCUACCCUUGCUCGCCGUCAUACGGUGAUCAUCUGCGGCGGCUUUGGCGUAAGGAGGAGGAUAGCUCCGUCACGCGGUCCGCUUCCUUCUUUGCGAGCAUAACUGCUAUACAGAAAGACGACUUCCUCUCGCACUAUUGUGCUCAUGUUAUUCAAAAAAUACAAGGCAACAUUCGCUCAACAAAUGGCACUAAACACCAUUAG